GUGGUUCAUUUGAACUACUCAUAAUCUAACCUCAAAACAGAAAGCAUCAAAAUAUUGCGUUUUUAACGCAAAAUGGGCAGAAAAAUACCAGGGCGUAAGCACCACGGUGUCAGGGAUCCGGAGAAGCAAGCCGCCGUGCGAUUUGAUAAAAUAAAGGAUAAAAUUAACGCCCCGCCGUCGCAUCCCGAUGCACAGGAUAUACCGAAGAGUUUGUCGAGGAUCAUGGAGUUGAAGGAUAAGGUUAAAAGUGGGUAUUACUAUGGUAAGAGCAAAAAAAACGUGAAGAAAGUUGUUGAGGUUAAGAAAGUUGUUAAACCAGUGAAAAAUAAGGGAGAUAGUAAGAAGGCGGUAAAUAUCGUGGAGGAGAAGCCUAUACCAGAGUUCAAGCAACGCCCUGGCGAGAAUGACAGGCACUUCUUGCUUAGAGUUAAUCGUAUUUGUCAAAGUGUACAACGAGAAGCUGCUUUUGAGGAGAAAUACGGUGUUGACAUUAAAAGGAACGCCGAGACGGGACAAGUGGAAGAAGUCAAAAAAAGGCCAAAAGAUGAACUACAAGUUUUGAUAAACAAAGCCAAAAAAGAGAGCAAGGAUAAACAAAACAAAAAGAAGAAAAAGAAAAAGAAGGAUGAGGGUCCGAAAUUGAGUAAAUCGCAGAAAUGGCAGCUAAAGAAGAACGAAAAAAAGAAUAAGAAAGCUGAAAAACCCAUGGACUUCAAUGAUUUUAAGGAUGAGGUUAAAUUUGGUGAAAUUGUUCACGCACCACCGACCUUAUCUGCCCCCAGGAGGGUGACAAAACUUGAAAGUGCACCCAGACCGGGUAGCAAACAAUUGCUGCUGAAAUCCAUGCUGGAGCCAAAGAAUAAUAAUAAUAAUACCAUUAAAGAGCAAAAAAGUGAGAAAGUUGUAAAAAAUAGUUUGAAAAAGUUGAAGGAAAUAAAAAACAAAACCAUUGACAAAAAGGGGAAAAGAAAAGAUCUUCCAAAUGCUUUGAGAAGACAGCUGGAUAAACAACAGAAAGAAAUUAUUGAGGCUUACAAACAGUUGAAAGCUAAAAAAUAUGGUUCAUAGUUUUAUGUGUUAAUAAAUUGUUUUUAUAUUAAGU